AUGGGUGUUCUAUCGAGGUUGUUUCUUGUGACCGUCUUGCUGCCUUGUGUUUUGGGCCAAGCGCAAGCAGAGUGUUUUGGUGCUGGUAGCGUCGCUGGUGCAGCUAUCGGUGCUUUUAUUGGAGCUCUUUUACUGGUCGCAGCCGCGUAUUAUUUAAGAAAAUUGUAUUGGAAAUCACGCAAAGGAAAACACCUCGUAUUAACGACGGACCCGGAGUCCGUGAAAGAUGAAUUCGCUUUCGACAACCCAGGGUUCAGACAGGAUGAGCGACAGACGUGGAGGAAUGAAGCGCCGACGCUGCCACUCGGAGGGAAGCCCAGUGCGCUUCAAGCGGAGUUCACGAAACCAGAACAGAGCAAGGACGAUUCACACUUACAGCGCGCGAGGAUCCGACGCGUCAAACUUUGGGCGCGUGAUUUCACCGGGUUGGGGCUGCGGUGCGGUGGGGGCGCGAGAGAUGGCGUGCAUGUGCACUCGGUGCUUCGAAGUGGACCAGCCGCGGCUGCCAACUUACAGCCAGGCGACAAAAUCAAAAGCAUCAAAAUCGAAUUAACGGGCACUCCGCUAGAAGAUGCCGUCGCAAUCCUUUCGCUGGCGUCACCUUAUCCUGUAGAGUUGGAGAUUGUGGAGGGAGGGCGGGCUAGUGGAGGAGGAUGGGGUGUAAAACAUCCGCUAUUGAAGAGGGCGGGCUCCAUGGGGGAUGUUUGCACGCUUGAAAAAGAAGGGAGGCUUUUACAUCCGCCGAGAUCGCCAAACACUUCGAAUUCCAAUAACUCUACAUUAGAAACCAAACAAGGGAAGGGUGGAAUCAAGAAAAUAUUAACAGAAAAGAUCAUAACAUCAACAACAACCCUUGAAAGAAACAAGAAGGAGAAGAAAGAUGGAGCGCCUACAACAUUAGAAAGAGAAAACGAAAAGAACCUUAAAAUGAACAGUAAAACCAGACAAUCUGAUGUAACACCCGCCUUAAGCAAACCUGAGAGAAACAAAAAUAGACAUUCUACGGGAAGCGAUAUACAAGUCAUACAGCCUGAGAAUGGGAUAACACAAAUCGAGCAAGCAGAAGUACCAAAAAAGAGAUUACGAUCCUAA